UAUAACCCUCCCCUCUCUCUCUCUCUCUCAAACCCUCACUCAUUCACCACACCUCACACUUCUCUCCUUGAUCUUCCUCACCAUCUCAACCAUGGCUUCAGAAACUCCCAAGGUGAAACUCACCGGAAAAACCCAUGUGAAGCCGAACAAGAAGCUCGGGAAGAAGGAUCAUUGCCAGCUGGUCACCUUCGACCUCCCCUACCUGGCCUUUUACUACAACCAGAAGUUACUGUUUUACAAGGGCAGUGACUUCGAGGACAUGGUGAAGAAGCUCAAGGAGGGCCUUGGGGUGGUUCUGGUCGAUUUUUACCAGCUGGCCGGGAGGCUCGGGAAAGACGAGGAGGGAGUGUUUAGGGUUGAGUAUGAUGAUGACGUGGAGGGCGUGGAGGUUGUGGAGGCUGUGGCGGAGGAGAUUAGCAUAGCUGAUCUGGAGGUUGAAGAAGGAACUAGCUCUCUGAAGGAGUUGAUUCCUUAUAGUCUGGUCUUGAACUUGGAGGGCAUGCAGAGGGCUUUGUUAGCUGUUCAGCUAACCAAGCUGAAAGAUGGAAUCGCAAUAGGGUGCGCCUUCAACCAUGCGAUCCUUGACGGCACCGCCACGUGGCACUUCAUGAGCUCCUGGGCCGAGAUCUGCAACGGGUGCCCCACCAUUUCGACCCGGCCCUUCCUCGAACGCACCAAGGUCCGAGACACGCGGGUGAAGCUCGACCUCUCUCCGCCUCCAUCCAACGGCAACGGAACCGCCAACGGCGCCUCAUCCAACGGCAACGCAUCCCCACAGCUCAGGGAGCGCGUCUUCAAAUUCUCCGAAUCCGCCAUCGACAAGAUCAAGUCAACAGUCAACGCCAACCCCCCAUCCGACGGCUCAAAGCCGUUCUCCACCUUCCAGUCCCUCUCCGUCCACAUCUGGCGCCACGUCACCAAGGCGCGAAGCCUCAAGCCGGAGGACUACACCGUCUUCACCGUCUUCGCCGACUGCCGGAAAAGGGUCGACCCGCCAAUGCCGGACAGCUACUUCGGCAACCUCAUCCAGGCAAUCUUCACCGUCACCGCCGCCGGACUUCUCUCCGGCAACCCGCCGGAGUUCGGCGCGGGCGUGAUUCAGAAAGCCAUUGAGUCCCACAAUGCCAAUGCCAUUGAACAGAGGAACAAGGAAUGGGAGAGUGCCCCGAAGAUCUUCGAGUUCAAGGACGCCGGAGUGAACUGCGUGGCGGUGGGGAGCUCGCCGAGGUUCAAGGUUUAUGAGGUGGAUUUCGGGUGGGGAAAACCCGAGGGGGUGCGAAGCGGGUCGAAUAAUAGGUUCGAUGGGAUGGUUUACUUGUACCAGGGGAAGAGUGGAGGGAGGAGCAUUGAUGUGGAGAUAAGCUUGGAGGCUGGAGCUAUGGAGAAGCUAGAGCAAGACAAGGAGUUUCUUCUUCCUCUGGUUUGAUGAAACUGUUAACUGUUUGUGUGGUUUUAGUUUGAACUUUGAAGCAUGCAUGGAAUGUUAUAAUAAGGAUCAGGACAACUAUGUGUUAUGUACCUUGAUUGUAAUUGUAGAAAUGCGUGCUAGUAUUGGAGUGUUUGCUUUGAUGAAAUUGAUCAUAAUAUUGGUUGCGGAGAUGA